AUGGUUUCCAUUCUUAUUGCCAUUGAUAAAGACAGCAAUAGCAAACAUGCUGUAAGAUGGGCUGUUGAUCGUCUCUUGGACAAGAACUCAUCAUGUACCCUAAUUCACGUUAGAACCAAGUCCCUUAAUUCAAGUGAAUUUGAUGUUGUUCCUAAACAUGGUCGUGCACCAACUGAAGAAGAAUUGCAUCGGCUUUUUCUUCCUUUCCGAGGAUUUUGUGCUCGAAAAGGGAUCAUAGCAAAGGAGUUGGUUCUUCAUGACAUUGAUGUUUCAAGUGCACUAACUGAUUACAUCACUGACCACUCUUUCAGCAAUGUUGUCGUUGGUGCUCCCCGCUGGAAUAAUGCUUUUAUAAGGAGAUUUAAAGAUGUAGAUGUGCCAACAAACUUAAUCAAGUCUCUACCAGAGACUUGCAUGGUGCAUAUUAUAUCGAAAGGAAAAGUGCAUAGUAUUCAAGCAACAGCUCCUGCUCAAACCAUUACUAUUUCUAGUCCAAAGCCAAAUUAUUUGUCCAAAGAAUUUAACAGAACAUCAUUAUCACGGCGGCGCUAUAGCAAUGAUGGUGGAUCCUUUAGUCAAAACAAAGAUGCAAGAGUAUCAAGAAGAUGUAAGUCCCAAAGAGAGUUUUGUCCAUCAAGGAGAGCACUAAGCCAAGAUGCAUUUAUAUAUAAAAGCAUAUCUACUAAAGUAUCGCCGACUAGCAUGGAGACGAAGACAACAACAAAGUGUAAGUCGGCAUCAGUCAGUAGAGAACUUGGUUUGGCGAAACAGAAGGUAAUUAAUUAAUGAAUUCAUGAAGAAUCUGUUGAUGAAGAAGUAAUAACAUUAAAUGUAAUUGAACAAAACAAAUAUAUAUUUAAAAGAUACAAUAUUGAACAAAUUGAAGUUGCAACAAAUUACUUUGAUCCUGAUGGCAAAAUUGGUGAAGGUGGAUAUGGACCUGUUUUCAAAGGUGUGCUUGAUAACCAUGUUGUUGCAGUUAAGGCCUUAAGACCAGACUUGACUCAAGGAGAGAAACAAUUUCAUCAAGAGGUCCUUGUUUUAGGCUCCAUAAGACACCCCAACAUUGUAGUACUUUUAGGUGCAUGUCCGGAGUAUGGAUGCCUCGUAUACGAGUACCUAGAGAACGGAAGCUUAGAAGAUCGCCUUUUUUGUAAAGAUAACACACCGCCAAUUCCAUGGAAGACUCGUUUCAAAAUAGCAUCAGAGAUUGCCACAGGUCUUCUAUUCCUUCACCAGACAAAACCAGAACCGGUUGUGCAUCGCGAUCUAAAGCCAGCAAACAUUCUGUUAGACAGAAACAAAGUGAGCAAGAUCACUGAUUAUGGUUUGGCAAGGCUUGUUCCACCUUCUAUCGCCAACAAAACCACUCAAUAUCACAAGACAACUGCAGCCGGCACUUUAUGCUAUAUCGAUCCGGAGUAUCAACAAACGGGACUAUUAGGCGUAAAAUCAGACAUAUAUUCAUUAGGCGUGAUGCUGUUACAGAUCAUUACCGGAAAGCCUCCAAUUGGUGUGGCUCAUCUUGUUGAGGAGGCCAUUCAGAAUAAUACUUUUGCAGAGGUUUUAGAUCCGAAUGUGACCGAUUGGCCGGUUGAAGAAACUUUAUCAUAUGCUAAAAUGGCUUUGAAGUGUUGUGAAAUGAGAAAAAGGGAUAGACCAAAUCUUGCUACUGUCAUUUUGCCAGAACUGAUUAGACUCAGAGAUCUAUAA